GGAAUUAUGACACGUGAUUUUAUAUGUCACCUGGGAAGGAAGUUUCGUCCAACACUUUCCUGAUCGUUUUUGGCUUUUCGUCAAGAACUCAAUAAAGUAGCAGCUACCCAUUGCCUUAAUGACUAGUAAAUCCACAAUAUCUGUUGAUUUCAACUUCUGGGUUCAUCCAUAAUCAGAUUUUGAGCAAUAUACUUUGUGAAAGAUUAACUUUUUAGUCUGAAUUUGAGUUCUUGAUUUUGCUUGAAGCUUCCUUUUGGUUUAAAAUUUUGUGGGUCUGUGGAUUUUCCCAUUGAAAGUAUGUCAUCAAGUGUUUUAAGCUAAGAAAUGAGCUAAAAAUGUCAUCUUUUUGCUUUGCUUAAAGAAAAUCUUCAGGAUUUUUGUAGCAAUUUGAAAGUGGAAAGAAGUUAUGGAGAAAGAAGUUAGUUUCCAAAGUGAAAAAAUGGAAAAACAGCAAAAUGGGGUUAUGGAAAAACAGAAAAGUUUUAGGGUGGUAAUGGAGAGGCAGGUUAGUUUUAGUAUUGAUAAGAAAAGGGAAAAGGAAUCACCAGGGAAAAGAUGGGAUUCCCCUCUUCACCUUGCAGCUAGAGCAGGGAAUUUAGGAAAGGUAAAAGAAAUUGUUCAAAAGUUUGAUAGUAGCAAAGGAAUUAAGGAGUUGUUGUCUUUGCGAAACCAGCAAGGUGAGACUGCAUUAUAUAUUGCUGCAGAGAAUGGACACAUUUUGGUUGUUGCAGAGAUUUUGAAACAUUUGGAUCUUCAAGUUGCUUCUCUUGUGGCAAAUAAUGGAUAUGAUGCAUUUCAAGUUGCAGCAAAGCAAGGUCAUCUUGAAGUACUGAAGGAACUAUUGCAUUCGUUUCCAAACUUGGUUAUGGCCACAGAUUCAUCUAAUUCUACAGCCUUACAUACAGCAGCUGCCCAGGGACACGUUGAUGUCGUAAAUCUGCUUCUGGAGAUUGAUUCGAACCUUGCUAAGAUAGCUCGGAACAAUGGGAAAACUGUGCUCCAUACAGCAGCAAGAAUGGGACACUUGGAAAUAGUUAAGUCCCUUCUAAGCAAAGAUCCUGAGAUUGGCUUUAGAACAGAUAGUAAAGGCCAAAGUGCCCUGCACAUGGCUGUAAAAGGACAAAAUGUUGGCAUUGUGCUCGAAUUAAUCAAACCGAAUCCUUCUGUAUUGGCCUUGGAAGAUAACAAAGGAAAUAGAGCUCUUCAUAUUGCAACAAAAAAGGGACGGCCACAGAUGGUACAAUGUCUGAUAUCAAUUGAAUGCAUCGAUCUGAAUGCCAUUAAUAAGGCUGGAGAAACAGCUCUUGAUAUUGCAGAAAAGUUUGGAAUGCCAGAGCUUGUUUCCGUUCUGAAGGUGGCGGGAGCUACCCAUUCCAAAAAUCAAGGCAAGCCCCCAAACAAUACUAAGCAACUCAAGAAGACUGUUAGUGAUAUAAAACAUGAUGUGCAGUCCCAACUCCAACAGAGUCGUCAGACAGGCUUCAAAGUACGGAAAAUUGCAAAGAAGGUGAAGAAGCUCCACAUUAGUGGUCUCAACAAUGCCAUUAACAAUGCCACAGUUGUUGCUGUCCUUAUUGCUACUGUAGCUUUUGCUGCCAUCUUUACUGUGCCUGGCCAGUAUGUUGAACAGAAAAAAGAUGGCUUUUCGCUUGGUGAAGCAAAUGUAGCCGAUAAAGCAGCUUUCAUAAUCUUCUUCUUGUUUGACAGUAUGGCCUUGUUUAUUUCCAUUGCUGUUGUUGUUGUCCAGACCUCUCUGGUUGUGAUUGAACCAAGAGCAAAGAAGUUACUUGUAUUUUGGAUAAACAGGCUCAUGUGGGCAGCUUGUCUCUUCAUCUCAGUGUCCUUUAUUUCGCUUGCUUAUGUGGUCGUUGGAUCCAAAGAAAGAUGGCUUGCUAUCUUUGCAACUGUGAUUGGUAGCACCAUAAUGAUCACUACGAUUGGCUCCAUGUGCUACUGUGUGGUUCGACACAGGCUAGAAGAGUCAAAGAUGAGGAAUAUAAGAAGGGCAGCGACACAUUCACAUUCGUAUGCAAUGUCUGUGGCAUCAGAUACAGAGCUCUAUGGUGAAAACUACAAGAGGAUGUAUGCAGUCUAGGAACAAACAGAAAACUUUUUGCCUAUGGUGUCAAAUCUCAAGCUCUAUGGAUGAAGGGGACAAGUUAAUAUAUGCAACUCUAAACCAUGAAGUUUGAUGAACGUCUAUUCAUAGCACGAGGUUCCAAAUGGUCUAGCAUACUAAGGAUUUAUGCUAGUUAGGAACUAAUGAGAAUGUUUCCAUUAGUGUUAAGGUGUUCUUGCACCACUAAAAUUUGCAACCUGAGGCAAGUCUUGCUUAGAAGUUCAAGAUAGAGGCUCCAACAAAUCAUUCAGUUUGUUUCCACAACAUUUAGUAGUUCAAGAGCAAGUUAUCAUGGAGUUUGCUGACUAUAUUGGCUACACGAAGUAGCAAAACCGGAGAGCAGCUUGGUGACAAGAAGGUGUAGAUGACUGAUGGUAAAAGUUUUUGUUCGCGGUACACAAAACAACUUCUAAAUGAAAAUGUACAAACAAAAGAAGCUAUUUUGUGAUAUAAUUCAUUGUAGUUCAUCUCUUUAUAAAUUGCAUGUUUUUCAGCUCGUUUGCCACUCUGCUCUUUUGACAACUUCUAAAUGAAAAUGUACAAACAAAAGAAGCCAUUUUCUUACUCCAAUUUGACAGUAGCAUCUUUGCAUGAUCGAAUACUAACUUCUCACUCUGCUGACCUUUGAUUUUGUAUGCUUCUGAUCAGUAAAAGAAGAAGAGAAGUUUGUCAACUAACAAACUGAGUUAGUUUUAACAACUUUCCUGCUAAUUCUUCUUUCAACUAACUAAUAUGCUGAGCUGGUUCGUGGAUCUGGAUUUUCGUGUAUCAGUUAUUUUAGUUUACUCAUGUGGCAUGGAGAGAUUUUCACAGGUGCUCCCUGAAUUUAUAAAACAUAAGUAUAGGACUGUGAAACAACUUAACCAAAAAUGAACUGCAGUAGCAAUAUGCAUAUCUAGAACAAAAUUGUCUUUCUGAUAAUUGCACAAAUAGAUCUCGGAUGAUCAAACUGCAAAAUUGAUCAUAGAAUUUUCAGUUUAAAAGUAGCAUAUCAAUACAGAAAUUUAAGAUAUGAUUCUACAAAAAAUAGGUGGGCGACUUUAUACCCCUCUAUCGAGAUUUUUGAGGUGGAAACUCAGCUCCAUACUAAAUCGUCUAUGAGUAUUUACAUCAAAUAUCCUAUCAAGUAGUAAUGCCAGCAAAGAAAUCCCAAGACUUAAACAUCUGAGCAUUGUCUUGGAAACCCCUUGUGAAUCGAACUUUUUGUUUGUCAUGCAGGACUUCAGGUAGCUCUAUCAAGGACCUCGAAGGCUUUGAUGGUCAGUCAUCGAUUCAGAGCCACUUCCCACAUGUCGAAGUGCAGAUCUAUGGUGAGAGCUACCACCUUGGCUUCUUCUUGAACUGCUUUUUGAAGUUGUCCGAACUGCAUUAGCUGAGAAGCUGUGGCGAACAUUCACCUUAUGUGUUCUUGCCUCUGUCGAACGACUGGCUGUCACAUUGAUCAGCAAAAUCACCUCCUUAUCUCUGGUAUCCUCACACCACCAGCUUUGUGGAAUCCCAUCAACAGUUUCUUCUAAUUUAUUGAACUCUUCAUGACGUAUCAAGAUUUCAGCAUCUUGAUCUGGUUUGAUGAUGCCAGAAGCAGGUGUUACCUGAAUAACAGAAUCAUAAGAUAGCAUUGUUUGCAGAAAUAAGUUUAUUUUUAGUUUUAGCUUAAGAGAACAGAAUCGAGGUAAACUUGGAUUCUCUUAAUGAUACGAACAAAGGAAUGGAUAGAUUUUACACAUCAACCAGGGGAAACUGGCUGCUUAGCUUAUCAGAUUGGUCAUUGCCUUCUCCAUCAGUUUAACUGUUGUGUGUUAGACAAUAUAUUUUGUUUAUUGUAUUUUGAAUAUUGCACUA